GCGCCGUCACAUUUUUGUUAUCGUUCAGGAUAAAACGUCGUCUGGGAUUAAGAUUUUUCGUAAAAGUGUCAGUGAAUAUUUAAUAAAUAUUGUGCUAUGUGUAAAUUCUAAAAAAGAUUGAAGUUUCAAAUCAGCAUGGGUAAAAUCCGAAAAAGAUGGUCAGACACAGAACUUGAAAAAGCACUCGCUGAUGUUCGUUGUGGAAAGUCAAUUAAUGGUAUUAGCAAAUCAAGUGGUAUUCCUAAAUCAACGCUAAUCGCAAAAUUGAAAGGAUAUCGACCAAUUGGAAAGAGAUCAGGUCCUCCAACUGUAUUCUCUAUUGAGGAAGAGGCAAUAAUAGUACACUGGAUGCUUCAUCUCAGUCAACGAGGCUUCCCUGUGACAAAAACACAACUGUUUUAUAACGUUGUUCAUUUAAUUAAACGAUUGGGUCGGGAAACACCAUUUACUGAUGGACGACCGGGGCGUCAUUGGUAUGAAGCAUUUUUACGUCGACAUCCAGAGAUUUCUAUUCGCGUAACUCAAAAUUUGUCCAAAAAUCGAGCCUCAGUGACAGAAGAUAUUCUGCGUGGUUGGUUCAAAGAGGUCGAACAACAUUUAACUGAGAAACAGUUAAUAAAUAUCGAUGGAGCCCGGAUAUUUAAUUGCGACGAAUCUGCUUUCUACCUUUGUCCAAAAGGGGAGCGUGUACUUGUCAAAAAAGGAGAUAAGGCAGUUUAUAAUUUCACGCAAAAUGACGAAAAGGAAUGCUUGACGGUGCUAUUCAUGACAAACGCUAUGGGUACAUUGGUUCCUCCAAUGAUAAUUUUUCCGUAUGAAAGAAUUCCUUACAGCAUUUCGCAAAGUGUACCGAUUAGUUGGGGUAUCGGAAAGUCAGAAAAUGGAUGGAUGACGGCCGAAACUUUUUAUGAAUAUAUAUGCAACAUUUUUGAGCCAUGGUUGACAACACAGAACAUCAAAAAGCCGGUUAUUCUAUAUGUUGAUGGACGCUCUUCACACAUGACGUUACCACUUGCCGAGUUUUGUUCGAGUCAUGAAAUAGAACUUAUUGCAUUGUUCCCGAACGCGACACAUCUGAUUCAGCCACUUGACGUUGCUUUGUUUCGGACGCUUAAAUCGAAAUGGAGAGACUGCGUAAACGAUUGGCGAAUGCAAAAUCAAAGAAAUUUAAGAAGAGGAGAUUUUGGUUCAAUCCUUAAAAUUGCUAUUGAACAUGUAAAACUUCCUAGUGUAAUGAGCAAUGGUUUCAGGAAAUGUGGCCUUUUCCCGUUUUCUGCCGACGCACUUCAAUACAACCAAUUGUUGCAGAAGAAAAAACAUGAUACGAUAAUAACGGUACCAGAACAGAAUGUUGAAAAUAAUUUAUUAUUUAUUGAGAGUAAUAUCGAUAAAGAUUUAUUAGGCAAAUUCAGAUGUGCUAAUGAAACUGGAAUCUAUAACGACAACCUUGAAAACCUUGGCCUCUUUCUUUUUUGGCAAAAGAUUGUGAAAUUAUCAAGUAAUAAUUUUUAUAAUUUUUAAUUAAAAACAUCUCUUGCACGGAAUGUAAGAGGUUCGAC